GUCUUUACUGUGCAUGGAAACCUCAAUGGGACACAUCCCACAAGAUCUCCCACACGAUUUCACCAAAAUACGAAUAGAAAACUGCCACCUAACUGAGAUACGACACGGAUCCUUCUCCAGAGUCGCUGCCUUGGAGUUUUUGUGGCUGAAUUUUAAUGACAUCACUGUCAUGAACAUUAAAAGUCUGGAGGGACUAAAGAACCUAACUGAGCUGCGCCUACAAGGGAACAAGCUGACUUCAGUUCCGUGGACAGCAUUUCAGGACACGCCUAAACUCAAGAUUCUGGACUUGAAGCACAACCAACUGGACGUGUUACCAGAACAUGCUUUGAGACACCUUUCUGCCCUGACCUAUUUAGAUUUAUCCUUCAAUCGGCUCAGCAUCAUAACAAAGGACAUCUUCACUAACUGGCCACUUUACCAAACCGCAGGGAAGUCCUGGGAGAAAGAAGGGCUGGUCUCUAAUGUGGUGUUAGCGCUGCAUGAAAACCCCUGGUUGUGCGACUGUCGCCUCAAAGGCUUCGUUGAAUUCAUAAGGACGAUCGCUACUCCCAUCAUUCUCAUGAAUUCUUAUCUGAAAUGCUCUGGUCCCGACUACAGAGCUGGCAAGUUCUUCCACGAGAUCCAGUUAAAGUCGUGUAUGAAACCAGAGGCUCUUGCCCCGCAGAGCAACAUCACCGUACCUCUCGGGGCAAAUGCAACACUCACAUGCUUAGUCAAGGCAAGACCCAGCGCAUCCAUUCAGUGGAUGUACAGCCAGAAGAUUAUCAGAGGAUUUAAUGCCACUCAGGCCCAGGUGGACGCAGACACCGUCACCUCUCAGCUGCUGAUCCCUUCCCUCCACCUGGAAGACAGAGGUGUCUACACCUGCACGGCCAACAAUUUCAUUGGCAACUCCUCUGCAAACAUCACGGUCCACCUCCACUCUUCCAACUUCUCUGUUUCUCUCCCUCCCCCUGUCCCCAUGUUGUCCCCCGAUGAGUCUCCCUUCAUUGACAUUCGCAUUGCCAAGCAGACAGUUUAUGGCGUCACCCUGGAGUGGUACGCAGUGCCAGAAAACCCUGCAGAGACCUGGUUCACCAUCCACUUUGGCAAAUACGAUGCACCCAAAAAAGAAAUCAUCCACAUCGGCCCCGGCAUCAACAGCUACUCCGUCAGUGACCUGCUUCCUCUCACCAAAUACGAGGUGUGUGUGUCUCUGAAGAACCAUCCCCCCAGGGAAGGCCAGUGCAUUGUGUUUGUGACCGGGAACGACAUCAGUGAAAUGGAGCAGAGAGAGCGGCUCAUCCACAUCAUAGUGAUCGUGUGUGCCAUGGUGCUGGCGGUGCCAGCCGGCAUGUACGCCUGCACUACAGAGGCCAGGUUCAACUGUGUGGCGCGUUGUCUAGACCUGUGGAAGAAACACAGGCGGAAUGGAGACAACCUUCCAAGGGGAGGAAGGCAGGGCAACUUUGAUAGUCUGCAGGCAACAAGUGAAGAAGGUCUGUGCAGAGACUCAGAGGAACGACCAAAGAAGAAAGGCAAAUCUGAGAAAAAGGUCAAAGGAGGGAGUGCUGCUCAUCUGUACUAAAGGAACUGUGACUGAAUAUAAACCUCUGUGCCUGUUUCUUUUCCUGUUUUUGCUUGUCAAUAGCUAGCUCAAGUUGGCUAAAAUGACCAACCCAAGUUAGUGCUGCCAUUACUGUCUUGGAUAAAGGCACAUUUUGUGUUUGUUGAUGCAAAAAGAGUAGUGGCACUAAUAAAAAUACAUAAGUGCUAUUUAUGUUAUAAGUGACAUUUCUGUCUGAAGCUAAAAGUCAAAUGUUUGACCGGACAUGCAUAAACUUCUUUUUUUUUUUAAUAUUUGAACAUCUGCUAUUUCUUCGUUUUUUAUGUGUUGAUGCUGAUUUCACUGACAAAAUAAAAUAACAAAAGGAAAAAAAAACAUACCACCUAUGGGUUUACAGGAAGGCAAAAAAACAAACACCAAGGCACCGUCUGACUUGUUACGUAAGCACAGCGAUUCCCCCUGCAUUUAUAUGUGCACUCAUAAGCAGAUUAAAGUGACUUUCUAUCUGGAUCCUUCAGAGUGGGACAUGAUAUUUCCAUUUAAUGACAGCAGCUGUAUUUCACUUACACAGAUGCCA